AUGGCGCCAGACUGUCUUUCUUUCCUCUCUCUCUUUCUCCUCAGAUCUCCAGGCUCAAAGCGUCAGCCACCAGAGUCUGUGCGGCUUGUGGAUGGAGCUGGGUUUUGCUCCAGAAGAGUGGAGGUGAAGUCAAGUCAGUCCUGGGCCUCAGUGUGCGAUGACUUUGACCGGCAGGAUGCAGAGGUAGUCUGCGGGGAGCUUGGCUGUGGGGCUCCUGCAGCUCUACAGCAGGGGCUCUAUGGAGAAGGGCAGGGUCAGACCUGGGAUAAAGAGUUCCAGUGUAAAGGCAAUGAGUCCCUUCUCCUGGACUGUGAGACCUCAGACGGAAAAAAUAACAACUGCCUAUCUGGUAAUGCUGUUGGACUCACCAGCUCAGAGGUUGUUUAUGUGAGGCUGGUGGAAGGAGGCAGUCGCUGUGCUGGUGGAGUGGAGGACUGUGGGAACUGAUGACUGGGAGGAUGUGGCUACAGUAGUGUGUAGACAGCUGGGUUGUGGAUCCACUGUUUCAGUACUACCUUGCGGUAACACCAUUAACGGGAUUGGAAUUGGCUGUGCCUGCACUGAGGGAGUGUAAAGUAACAUAAUGUCUUGACUAUUCAUUCAUAGUGAUCUGCUCAGGUAAUAACAAGUUAAAAUACAUUAUACAACGGGUGGGUCCAAUCCUGAAUCAGUAUACU